AUCGAUUGUAAAUAAUUGUAUAAAUACGCUUGACUUGUAUGCUUGAUCUGAUCUGCCUGCCUGACUUGUUAUCUGCUGUUUGUCUGUAGAAUACACUUUCUACACCUUACCCAGCCUUUUUGAUCGAGUCAGCAGAGUUGGGGACAACGGACCAGAAAAGACUAUCGAGUCGCUGAAUCAUUGAUCCUUCGUUCGUUCGAGUAAGACGCAUCAGUAAUCGCAUUCAAGCAAUAACGAAACAUAACAAAUUGGCGACGGUGGUUUUUCGAUUAUGGACCCUGCCAAACUUGAACUGUUACUUGAGCAGCAGCUAAAAUUGAUGCAAAUGUUAAUGGAGACCAAGGUUACGCCUCCCUUACAGCCAAGCACGCCUAGUUCAACCACGGCACCAUCAGUAGAUGGCAUCGCAAAUAGCAUAGCUGAAUUUCAUUACGAUCCUGAUUCUAAUGUUACUUUUGAAAUGUGGUUCAGGCGUUAUGAAGAUCUAUUUAAAUUUGAUUUCGCCAAUCAAGAUGAUGCUUGGAAAGUGCGGCUGCCUAUUUGAGACAUAACAAUUGGCGAAUAAGUCGAAUCAGUAGUAUCCUCAAGGAUAACGAACCUAACAAUUGGCGACGGGGUAAAAAAAAGAACAAUCCAAAGUCAGCCUUCAGCAUCCAGAUUUGUCAUCAGUGUCCUUCAGCUACAUUGGUCAUUAAUCAAACAGUAAUUUUCAUUACCGGUGCUGAAUAAAAAAAAAUGACUCUCCCUUCCGAUCGAGUACAGCUGCUAUUUGAAAGACAGUUGGAGUUUUUAGUCAAAUUACGCACGCAGCUGUUAAAUCACUCAUGCUUUGGAGAUGCAACGGAAGUGGAUGGAUUGAUCUCUCAACUGCACACAGAGCUGGAAAAUGUUUGCAGCCCCAAUGAAUCCCCGAUAAACCGUAUUUCAAACGGUACAACAGUCACUCAAGAUUCGCCCAGUGGUCCAGUCUUCUCCAUUCCAGAAACAUGCCCGGUAAUGGACUCAAACUCCAUUAUCCCCAAAACAGCAUGUGCAGACGGUGACUUAUCCAGCUCACAAACACACUCCCUGGUAAAUCCUCAUAUAAUUGUCGCAAUAACCACCCAUGAAACAGAAAACAAAUCGAGCAGUGCACUGAAUACAACUGCUUCAAAUGGUUCUCAUCAGUCUGCGACAGAUGUUUUUGACAAAUCUUAUUAUCAAGAUUCUCUCUUACCAGAAAAUAUGUCAGAUGCAUCAAAUGAUGAUCAAAAACUUAAUACAAUUUUGAUAGAUGCUAAUUACCUUGAUGAUCGAUUAUCUACAAAUAAGAUUCCAAAUAAAUUUGGUCACAAUAUUUCAGAAGAAUUAAACUUCGAACACCUCACAUCAAGUGUUGUUCAGCCUCAAGACUUAGUCACUUUCAGUCAAUUCUCUGUUCAGUGCGAUAAAUAUGUCUUAAAUAAAUUCAAGUUAAUUAUAACGUGGGCAUAUGAGGAUCCAACACUGUUUCGUGGGGGAGGAUGGACCUGGAAAACUUAAAAUCCGGAUAUCAACUCCGGAUCUUCUAAAAAGGGGAGGAGUGUUGGGGACGAUAGAUCCCCAAACUCAUAUUUUGAAUUUUAUCGCAUCGAUCAACUUAUUGAUUAAACGUUUAAAUAUUUGUAUUGAAGUCAAUUGAUGAACUAUCGAUUAAAUGCGCAAAUAGGUCAAUUAAUGAACUCAUUGAUUAAUGUUUAAAAAUUUUCUAUCGAUUGUAAAUAAUUGUAUAAAUACGCUUGACUUGUAUGCUUGAUCUGAUCUGCCUGCCUGACUUGUUAUCUGCUGUUUGUCUGUAGAAUACACUUUCUACACCUUACCCAGCCUUUUUGAUCGAGUCAGCAGAGUUGGGGACAACGGACCAGAAAAGACUAUCGAGUCUCUGAAACCUUGAUCCGAUCGAUAAGUCACUGUCAUAUAAUCGGCUGUCUUUUGAG